AUGUCAUCAUCAGUAAUAAUCAUUCAUAUGCCAUUAUCACUAUUCUCCUUGCUAUUCAUAUUUUUUCACUUCGAUUCCAUAUUAUCCAUACCAAUUGAUAAUGGUGUUGAUGGUGAACCCGAAAUAGAAUGUGGCUCUACUGUUCUAACAGUUAAUUUCAAUACAAGAAAUCAAUUUGAUGGACAUGUAUAUGUCAAAGGUCUCUAUGAUCACGAAGAAUGUCGUUCAGAUGGUAAUGGACGACAGGUAGCUGGAAUUGAAAUACCGAUUGAUUCAUGCAAUGUUGAACGAUCACGAUCGUUAAAUCCUCGAGGUGUUUUUGUAACAACUGUAAUUGUUAUAACAUUUCAUCCGAAAUUUCUUACCAAAAUAGAUCGAGCAUAUCGUAUACAAUGUUUUUAUAUGGAAUCUGACAAGACUGUCAGUACACAAAUUGAAGUAUCCGGUAUGACUACAGCAUUCCAGACGCAGGUGGUACCAAUGCCUGUUUGUCGAUAUGAGAUUCUGGAAGAUGGGCCAUCUGGUGCACCUGUCAAAUAUGCAUUGGUCGGUGAUCAUGUUUAUCAUAAAUGGACUUGUGAUUCGGAAACUACCGAUACAUUCUGUGCAUUGGUACAUUCCUGUACUGUGGAUGAUGGAAAAGGUGAUACAGUAGAGAUUUUGGAUAGCGACGGUUGUGCAUUGGAUAAGUAUUUACUCAACAAUUUGGAAUAUCCUACAGAUUUAACGGCUGGUCAAGAGGCUCAUGUUUACAAAUAUGCUGAUCGAUCGGAGCUUUAUUAUCAAUGCCAGAUUAGUAUAACAAUUAAAGAACCAGGUGGUAAUUGUCAACGACCACAAUGCUCAGAACCACAAGGAUUUGGUGCAUUAAAAUCUGCUGCUGCACCAUCACCAGAAGCUUCAGCUCUUUCUCCUCGAUUGCUCAAGAAACGUUCAGUUAAUUAUGACAAUACAGUGGAUGUUAGUGUCGGUUUUAGCACAAUUGAUAUAAGUGAAAAGGAUUCAAGCUUAUCAAUUAAAAAUCGAUUACCAGCGAUAACCGAUCAAUCAUUUAUACCAUUACAUUAUCAAUCUAAGGGUACCUUUUGUAUUGCAUCACAUGAUAUUUUACUUAUCAUCUUAUUUAGUGCUAUAUUAGCUAUUGCUUGCCUACUUUUUAUCGCUUUUAUCACUUAUUUCAGUAAGAACUCUAAAUCAUAA